GGAGGGCUGAGGCUGAAGGACCGGUUCGAAACGAUUUCGAAUGAGGACGAGACAUCUCAUCUCCCUGUUGGGCUUGAGUUCGUGACGAUUAUCGAGCCAAAAAGCACCAACAUGCUAAAAUAUCUGUUCAAUACCCAGUGUGAAGAUGUCGGGGAGGGGAAGAUAGAGAGCAGCUUUCCAAUGCCUGAUCCGAACGACCUGGGGAUUAUCCUCGGAAACGAUGAAAUAGCUCGCCUCGAAGACCCUUACGCUAUUCCAGACGCUGUGGAAGCUGCGCCAAGACGUGGUCGCAUCUGGAACUGGUUCAUUCAAACGUUUUCCUGUCAUCCUAGGGCAGCCCGCGGUGACACGCGG